AUGUCUACACAGCAAGGAGGAGAGAAGAUGACCCAUCACUUUGGUCGUGGAGGCGCAGGUAACAUUACCACCAAGUCCGACAAGUCGCCAGCACUCCCUCCUCAAACAACCCCGACACUGAAGAGCAGGAACUAUACCACGGGUCGAGGUGGUACAGGAAACAUCGUGACCAACGACAAUCCAGCAACAGCGCGUAUAGCACAGGACGUGGAUGUGCCAGGCAUUGCCCUGCCUGAAGGUGACGUCCACACAGGUCGAGGUGGUGGUGGCAACAUCUACAAACCGACGGAGGAAGAACGUCAAACUGCCAAGUCUGAAAACGAGAAAUUAAGAUCAGCCAGUUUUUCGAAGGACAGAAGUGGUCUGAAAGGUCUUGCUGACAAGGCCAAGGAAGCGCUCAAGGGUUCUAGCACAUCUAACAAAGAAUAA